AUGUCUUUUUCGGAUAGCGCUCUUAAGUUCGCAAAAUUGAAUGGCACGAACUACCGGUCAUGGGCUUUCAAUAUGCGGUUAUAUUUGGAAAGCAUGGACUUGUUUGAAUUCACCGAAGGUAGUGCGAUUGCUCCUAACGACGAUGCCGGUGCUGAUGUUCGAAGGAGAAUCAAUUCCUCCGCGAAAAAAGCAUGGACGUAUAUUUGCUUGGCUAUCGAUCUAUUUGCUUGGCUAUCGAACCUUGGCUAUCAGCAAGUGCACGUGAGAGAAACGGUAAUGGCAAAGGAAGCAUGGGACGCUUUGAAAAGUCAAUUUGCCAGGGAAUCAUUACUUCAAAAGGUUCGUCUUCGCCAGCAAUAUUAUUCGUCAAAAUUUCAUGUUGGAGGCAAUAUGUUGGAGCAUAUAAACAUAAAAUCAUUACACGAUCAACUAAAAGAAAUGGGCGCAAGUAUCGAUGAUAAGGAACUGGCAAUGACCCUGUUGGCUAGUUUGCCAGAUAAAUGUAAGCCAUUAAUAACGGCAUUGAUGCUGUUGGUGAUAAUGAACUUUCUUAUGAGAAAGUGA